AUGAUUUCACCUCCAGUCUUCUUGACUCUGCCUGGACACCGGCGUGUGUCCGGAGUCAAACUGGGCUGGGCUGAGGGUGAAAAGCCCGUUUUCCUCGAGAUUGGCGCCUUCUCCAUUGAUCAGAUCGACCGAUCCUCGGGAAGACCGGUGGCCUGUUACACUUACAAGGACAUUGAGGCGAUUGCAAAGGUUUGCAUUUUGAUUGUCUUUCGUUGA